UCAAGCAAAUAAUGAAAUUCUUUUAUAUUUUUACAAUAUUUUGUGUUAUUUUUAUAAUAGUCCUUAUUUUGGUUAAUUCCAUCGAGGCUGGGAUUUACAAUAAAAGGACCAUGCCUUAUUUAAAAACAUAUCACCUUGAAGCUCCGUUAAUUAAAGACAAUUCGCAAAGUUCAUUAAUUUUUCUCAGAGAAAAUGAGAAUUAUGGUGAACGAAAGCGUCGUCAAACUGCAGAUGAUUCAUUAAAUAUUAUUCCACAACAUCUGGUUAAUGAAAAUAUCGAUUUGGAAUCUUUGUUAGCAGAUUAUGAAACAGAUUAUGCUAAACCUAUUAGAUUUGAGCAAGAAAUUAAAAGAACUUCCCAAAUAGGAAAUCUGAAGCAUGAGCCUCAAAAAAUAUCUAGACAAAUUUCUGUUCUCGAUCAUGAAGCAAAUCUGAGGAAAAAUUCUGAAGAGGAAAAUGAGAAUAGUAUUGAAGAUAAAGAAGAAUCGAGAAUAUCUGAUAGUUUUAAAGAAAAAGCUAAUGAUAAAACAUAUAAUGGUGAUUACAAAUUUAAAAAGAAUGAUGAGUCUCGCAAUCGAAAUGCAAUAAAUGAUAAGUUAAAUUUAUAUAAAAGUAUUCUAAAUGACGAUCAAUUGAUAAAUUCCAAACAGACUGCCUGCUGUUCGAAUUCCGAUUUAAGCAGUUGCCAACAUUGUUCCCAACACGUUGAAGGAGGAGCUUUAGCAAAUCGUUUUGUUAAAAGUAAAAAUAAUUUGAAGGUAAAUAACAAUCAGCCUUCGCAAAUGGAUGUUAAAACGAAAUCAAAAGAUUUUAGUUUCAAAUCCCACAAGCCUUUUAAAAAUCAAGAAGAUAAGGACGAUGAUGAUGAGCAGGAUGAGGAUCAGGAACAUUUAAAUCCUCUAAAGAAUCCAACAGCUGUUCUAAAAAGUCCUAAACAAGAAAUACAAAAUUCGAAUUUAACUUCGUAUAAUGACUCGAAUUUUACUUCACCUAAGAAAAAUUCAGAAACUAUGAAUCAGAAAGAUAAAACCUUAAUGUGGAACUCUUAUCAAACUUUAAAUGAUGAUCAGUUAGAAAAUGCCAAAAAUAAUCUCUCCCAUGAGGCCAACUAUAAGCUCUCAAAAACUGAACAGGAUGCGUCGGAGAAGAAAAAAGAUUUCUCCUGGAAAUGGGGUAUAUUCAAGAGAUCACAUCAAUUUAAUCCCAUGAAUGAGAUCAAACUAAAGACCAGUAGUCGUCUGAUGAAAAAAGGUUUUGGUGCAUCUUUGCCUAGUUAUUCUCUGGGAGAGACACGCAAAGAGUUGAUGAUUGAAAAUAUGUUGAGGAAAAAGGAAAAGCUUUUGCAGUUGGAGAAAGAAGGCAAAUGGGAUGUUGAUAAUGUGAAAAGUUUAAAGAAGUCCUUUGGAGAUGAUGUUAUGGAGCCUUAUGAUCAGUUAGAUGAUUUAGUAAAUAAGCCUUUAGAAUCGGAUCUAGGUUCAAUAGUACAAAAAUAUCGGGUUUAUGAUAGACAGAAGAGAAUGAGUAAUGAUAUCGAAAGAUUUAAAAGAGAGGCAAGAGGGGAAAAUGUUGAGAAAUUAAAGAAAAAGCUCUUGAAAGUUGAAGAGCCAAAAGCUAAAGAUCUCUACUUAAAUGGUAAUAUGGAAUCAUGGAGAUCGAUAAAGGAUAUGAAAGGUUAUGCAAAAAAUGAAACUGAUAUAAAGUCUGCUAAAGGUAAGCCUGUUCGAAACAACACAAAAAGCUAUAAAAAAGCUUUAAGUUCUAAAAAUAUUUUCGCCAAACAUACAAGUGAAAGUCGACCAUUACAGCUUUUGAAACAAGUAAAUAAACAUGAUUUCAAAUUAAACAACUUUCAAGCUUUAAGCUCUUUACAAAAUAAAAAAGCUUAUGUUUCUAAUACUACAUAUUUUCAGCCAUUACAAAGAAGAAAACGUUCCUUACAACUAGAAACAUCUACAAAAGCUUUUAGCACCAAUGAAACCCAAAAGCUCUUUUCAAAUGCACCUGAGAAAGCUAAUUUUUCAGCUAAUACUUUUAAGCUUGCCAAGCGGCAUAAUUCCUUAAAAGCUUUACAUUCUAAAAAUAAUAAAAAUUUUGCAAAGCAGCAAGCUUUUAAUGUUAAAAGUUAUAAGAAGCUUUUAAAGCAUACACAAAUGGUAGCGAAUGACGAUGUGAAAGAGAAUAAUAAUCUUAAAAAUGACCUUAACAGAGGACAUGUUAAAAAAUUAUAUAAAAAAGCUGUGGAUUUAAAAAAGCCCUUAAAAGCUUUGGCUUCAAAUACUUUGGCAAAAACUAGCAAAAGCACUAAAAGUCAAACAAUCAAUAAAAGUUUUCCAAAAGUAUCCAACAAAAGCUUUUCCAAAUAUUUAUUAAAAAAAUUUUCCAAAAAUAAAAGCUUUUCUCAAAAGCUUUUGAGCCAUAAACAAUUUAAUUUUAUGAAUAAUGUUCAUAAGAUUUCUGCAGUUAAGAAAAGUAGUUUAGAAAAAUGUCCUGCUAAUGAUUUAAAAGCUUUUAGAGAAGCUAACCCAAGCUUUUUUGCGGAAAAAGCUGAAACUGAUAGUACAACGAAAAAAUACUUUAAUAAAAGCAAAACUGAUUUAACAAUAAUGAAAGAGAAAAACUUGCAUGUUAACAAUGGCAACGAAAGCUUUUAUAGAGAGACUAACCAAAGCUUUUUUGCAGAAAAAGCUGAUAAUACAACGAAACAAAGCUUUAAUAAAGGCCAAACUGAAUUAACAAUAAUGAGAGAGAAAAACUUGCAUGUUAAUAAUAGCAAUAGCAACGAAAGCUUUUUUGAUAAAUAUCAGGAAAACUUGAAUACGACUGAAGAAGGUUUGUUAAAGAAAAGCUUGAUAAAAAGAUUUAAACCUAAAAAAGGUUUUGAGGGAUCAGUUACAAACAACUUUAAAAACUUCAAGAGAAAUUUGCAUAUUAAUGGAUCCACGAAAUCUAACCAAAGCUUUAAGCGCUCAAAACGUUCUUUAAAAACAAAUCCUUUGGAAAAUGACAUAAAGUCUGAAACUUCUUACUACAAGGAUUUAUACAAACCACAAUUCAAUUCGGAUUAUGUAAAUACAAAGCUUUUAAAAUCAAAUCCAGAAAAUGAAUUUUCAAACUCUCGGCAGGUUUUCCAAAAUGAGGAACUAAAAAGGAAUCUAAAUGAAGAUUUCGAUUUUACAUUUAAUAGAGAAAAAUUUGCAAACCUAAAUGACAGAGACUUGGCAUUGCAAAAGUUCAGCGAUAUAAAUUUCAAUAAGUUGUGGCAACAGGAUAAAUCUCAUAAAAGUGAAAAACCUUUAAUAAAACCUAAAAUGAGAAAAAAUAACCCCAAACAAUGGCAACAUAAAACUCAAAAUAAAAGACAAAAUAUUGCUUAUAACAAAAACAAUAUCAAUAACGACAUCACCGGAAAUCUAAAAUUAGAUGAUUUCCCUUUGAAAGUUCAAUUGUUAAAAGAUAAAUAUUUAAAUGAUUUAGAAAAUUUUAAUAAAAAUUACAAAUUCAAUGAAAAUCAUUUCACUUGGCCACAAACAAAUUUCAAAAACUAUAUCAGUCCUAUAGACAAUUCUACCGAAAUGUUAACCACAACUACAGAAGAUGCUAAAAAUCUAACAUUAGAAUUGCGUAAUGAGAUUUUAAAUUGUAAAGCUUUUGCCAGUUUAGAGGAAUUUCUAAAGUCUUUACCGCAAAAUAUAACAAAUUCCCUGUUUAAUCCUCAAACCGAACUUAACUCUAGUACGGAAAAAAUUGAAAUGGAUAUAAAUACUCAAGUCAUAACAGAAACCUCAACCAUUUCAACGCCCACAGUUGUAGAUUCCACUAUAAUUUGUACAAGUACUGAAGAAGUGGAAACUACUCCCGCAGAAGUCAUUGAAGAUAACACACAAUGCACUGAAGUCGAUUAUGAGGAAAUUACUGAAUGUAAUUCGGAAGAGAAUUUAGAUGAAACUUCUACAGAAUCUGUCUCGGAUUCCGUGACUGAGGAGGUUUUACCAAACACAACCUGUGCGGCUGAAAACGAUGUCAAAUUAAAUAUUUCCAUUAACGCCAAUGUACAUGGUAGUCUUAAGACAAAUAAUUUCUGUGGUAAUGGUUCAUUUAAUGUUGUACCCGGUUUGAAAGAUGAUCGUCUUAGACGUGGAGUUUUUAGUGAUAUUUCGGAAAAUUUUCAAAAGAGAAAAUGUGCUGAAAUACCAACUCAAAAGCCGUACGAUACAGAAGACAAUAACGAUAUUAAUGACUUAAUAUCCGGUAAAUAUUCAAAUAACGUUGUCAAAAACAUAUUCAAAACUGUACAGGAAAGUCAUGAUUUAAAAGCUUUAUGGCCUAGUUUGAAACGUAACCAACCAAGAGAAACUACUACAGAAUUUUGCUACAGCGAUACAGAAGACAAUAACGAUAUUAAUGACUUAAUAUCCGGUAAAUAUUCAAAUAACGUUGUCAAAAACAUAUUCAAAACUGUACAGGAAAGUCCUGAUUUAAAAGCUUUAUGGCCUAGUUUGAAACGUAACCAACCAAGAGAAACUACUACAGAAGCAAAUUUUUUUGCCAUAAGAAACGAGAAAAAUGAAAAAGUUUUAGAGAACUCUGAAAAGCUUUUGGCUCAAGUAAUGUCCUCUAUUAAUACGAUUAUCGAGUCGCAAGCUAGAUCUCAUGCUUGUGUGCCAUUAAGACCUGAUUUACAAGAAUUCUAUAAUAUGAUUAUACAAUCUCGCCGAGAACAGGAUAUGGUAAGAGAAAAACGUCAUCUUAAUCGUUUACACAAAAGAGAAGAUUUCAGUUACAACAAGCAUUUAAUAGAUUCCAAAGAAAUUGAGCAAGAAAGGAGUAAAGUGAAAAAGUUACUUAAAAAUGAGAAUCAAAAGAUGGGAAGAAGAGAGGAUCUCCUUCAGAAUUUAUCAAUUUUACAACAGCUGCAGGAUAAAGAAAAGAGACAAAAGCUUAAGCAGAAGGGAAGUGAACAACAGGCUUCACAUUUGAGUGGGAAGACAAGAAAAAGCUUACAGACGCAUUAUACUGCUGAAUUUUUGAAAUUGUUAAAAGCUGUUGAGUUUUAUAAGGACAUUUCUGAGGGACUAAUUUAAGUUUUAUUUUCUGAUUAUAUAAAACUUUUAUAUAUUUGAAAAGCUUUUUUUUUUCUAAGAAAUUUUACUUUAUUUUUUAUUUUAUUUAUGAAAAUUAAUAAAUUGUUAAGAAAAUAUGUAUAAAUUUCGAAUUUCUUC